CGACCGACGGCGGCGCCUGUUUGCCGGGGACACGAGCGCAGGCUCUGGGGCGCAGAGCACGGCUGGGCCGUCUCCGGGUGUCCAGCCGGGGCCGCUCUCUAGCCUCGCUGAAAGAUAACAAUGCCGGCAAGUGCUAGUGAGAGUUUGAGGUGACGGAACGUGGGAGAGUGAUAGCACAGCUGUGAGAACGAAGCAUUCAUCCCGCGGUUUCUGGAGAUCAGAUCGAGUACAAGUUGUGUUUGGAGCAGGUGUAUAUUCAGAGGUCUGGAAUUGGAAUUACUUUAAGGGUGAAACUUGUGUCUUUCAAGUUGAACCAAAUCAGCAAUUCUUAAAGAAGUCAUGAAAGGGAAGUUACUGAAGGACUUGCAACGAAAAGCGUUUGUGAUGUUUCGAAGCUCAAGGAGAACAUUGUUGAGAUGGAUGUCCAUGGCAGAAUAAGAGAAAUCCUUGCUGAGACAAUACGGGAAGAAUUGGCACCUGAUCAACAACAGUUAUCAACUGAAGAUUUGAUCAAAGCCCUUAGACGUCGGGGAAUCAUUGAUGAUGUGAUGAAAGAACUUAAUUUUGUUACUGACAGUAUUGAUCAAGAACUCCCUUCCUCUCCAAAACAACCUGUUUGUUUCACUGAUAGACAAUCAACCUUGUUAAAAAAAACUAAUAUUGAUCCAACACGGAGGUAUCUUUACCUUCAGGUUUUGGGUGGAAAAGCUUUCUUGGAACAUCUACAAGAACCUGAGCCUUUACCGGGACAAGUUUGUUCAACCUUUACUUUAUGUUUACAUUUUCGAAACCAACGUUUUCGUUCUAAACCUGUUCCAUGUGCCUGUGAACCAGAUUUUCAUGAUGGCUUUUUACUUGAAGUGCACAGAGAAAGCUUGGGUGAUGGAACUAGAAUGGCUGAUUCAACAACAAUGUUAUCAAUAAGCGAUCCAGUUCAUAUGGUGCUAAUCAAAACAGACAUAUUUGGUGAGACUACUUUAGUAGCAUCCUAUUUUCUUGAAUGGCGAUCAGUUUUGGGCUCAGAAAAUGGAGUGACCAGUCUUACUGUGGAACUUAUGGGUGUAGGCACAGAAUCAAAAGUUUCUGUGGGAAUUUUAAAUAUAAAACUUGAGAUGUACCCACCACUCAAUCAAACAUUAUCUCAAGAAGUAGUGAACACACAGCUUGCUUUGGAACGUCAGAAAACUGCAGAGAAAGAACGAUUAUUUCUUGUAUAUGCUAAGCAGUGGUGGAGAGAAUAUUUGCAGAUUCGACCCUCACACAACUCCCGGCUGGUUAAGAUUUUUGCACAGGAUGAAAAUGGGGUAAAUAGACCAGUCUGUUCCUAUAUUAAACCACUUCGAGCUGGGAGGCUUUUGGAUACUCCAAGGCAAGCAGCAAGAUUUGUUAAUGUCCUUGGUUAUGAAAGAGCCCCGGUUAUUGGAGGAGGAGGUAAACAGGAACAGUGGUGCACUCUGCUGGCCUUUCUCUGUAGAAACAAGGGUGACUGUGAAGAUCAUGCUAAUCUUCUGUGCAGCCUUCUUCUUGGAUAUGGAUUAGAAGCCUUUGUGUGUGUUGGGACUAAGGCAAAAGGAAUACCUCAUGCAUGGGUUAUGACCUGUGGAACUGAUGGAACUGUCACUUUUUGGGAGAGUUUAACGGGACACAGGUAUAUCCACAAACCUGUCAAUCCUGAUGAAUCUCCAGUUGCUGAACAGCCCAAGCCAUUGUACCCAUAUCGAACAAUUGGUUGUGUUUUCAAUCAUCAGAUGUUCCUGGGAAAUUGUCAGCCCUCUGACUCAGUAGAAAUAUGUGUGUUUGAUUUGAAUGAUGAAUCCAAAUGGAAACCCAUGAGUGAAGAAGCAAUCAAAUCUGUGUGUGCCCCAGGAGCUACAACAUCCCUUCCUCCCUUUCCCCCUCUAUGUGCAUCUACAAUUGAUGCUUCAGUAACAAGUAAUGAAAUAGAAAUGCAGCUAAGGCUACUAGUGUCAGAACACAGAAAGGAUCUUGGUCUCACCACUGUUUGGGAAGACCAGCUUUCCUAUCUCUUAUCACCAGCUUUGGCUUCUUAUGAAUUUGAGCGUACAACAAGUAUAUCUGCAGGCAAUGAAGAAUUUCAAGAUGCCAUAAGGAGGGCUGUACCUGAUGGUCACACAUUUAAAGGGUUCCCAAUACAUUUUGUAUAUAGAAAUGCAAGGCGUGCAUUUGCCACAUGUCUUCGGUCUCCUUUCUGUGAAGAAAUAAUCUGUUGCCGUGGAGACCAGGUGCGACUGGCAGUUCGUGUCCGAGUGUUUACUUACCCUGAAUCUGCUUGUGCUGUUUGGAUCAUGUUUGCUUGUAAAUAUCGCUCAGUAUUAUAGGACUAACAUUUCUGUAAGAAUAUACCUGUGUUUUAUUGGAAUUUUACACAUUGUACAUUACUAGCUGCUUAGAGGUUCAUUAUUUUAAAAAUCACAUUCUGGCUUGGAUGUCAUAUUUUACUAUUGUAUAUACCUGACUGAAAAUGUUUGAAAAAAUCAUGUAUGUAUUUAAAAAUUAAGAAUGAAAAACUUGUAUAAAUCUGAGUGGAAUUUAGUAUAAAUUAAGUGUUUAUUUUAUUUUAAUAAAUGCUACUUUGUUUACAGGUAUUCAGUAGUUUAAAUAUGAAUAUAAAAUUUACCCAGUUUUCUUUGCAUUAACAGGCAAUCAGAGAGAUACUUAUUUGUCUGAGGGUUUGAGCCAUAGUAAAGUCAAUAUGGAACAUUAUUUUUCAUAGCUUAAAUGGGAUUAUUUUAUAUAAAUAGAAAUUAACCUCACAACAGGUUUAUUUAUUAGGUGAAAAUACAUCUUGAUGAAUUAUCACUUUAGUGGUGUACCCAUGGCUAUAGGGAUAUUUAUGACUUUCCAGGGAUUUAUGGGAGGACUUCGAUGCAAGAGCAGGAAAAGCUAAUACCCGAAAACAUAAAUAUUAAUAAUAAAAAAAACUCACAGAAAAGUACAUGAAUAAUUUAUAAGUGUUUGAUUGAAUCAUCAUAAAAAUGAAUUGAGUAUUUUAGAAAAAAUUAUCAUACUCUUUUUUUAUGAUACUGAUAAAGUGUUUUCUAUAAUUAAUUUUUUUUAAUUUAUUUUUUUAAGAGAGUCAGAGUGCAAGCAGGGGAGGGGCAGAGAGAGAGCGGGCAGAGAACAAGCAGGCUCCAGGCUCUGAGUUGUCAGCACAGAGCCCGAUGCGGGGCUCAAACUCAUGAUCUCUGAGAUCAUGACCUGAGCCAAAGUCGGACACUUAACCAACUGAGCCACCCAGGUGCCCUUGUUUUCUAUAAUUAAUACUUGCAGUCUGUUGCUGAUUUUCUGUAGUCAAAGGAUCCAUUAUUAGCCUCUUCAUGGAUUCCAUCUUAUAAACCCACAUUUGUUUUUCUUUCUUCCCUUUUUUCAUUGUGAUAAAAACAUCAGUGUAUAUGUAACUACUCUAAAUGGGAGAAUCAUUAUGUGAGGCCACUGAAAAAUAAGCGUAUGUAAGGGACUUCCUUCUGAUGCUUGUUUUAAAAUCUAGCAAGCCUUUUUUUUAUAUGUAAUUUUUUUUUAAUGUUUAUUUAUUUUUGAGACAUAGAGACAGUGCAAGCAGGGGAGGGGCAGAGAGAGAGGGAGACACAGAAUCCAAAGCAGGCUCUAGCCUCUGAGCUGUCAGCACAGAGCCCAACGUGGGGCUUGAACUCAUCAACUGCAAGAUCAUGAUCUGAACCGAAGUUAGAUGCUUAACUGACUGAGCCACCCAGGUGCCCCUAAAAUUGAGCAAGGUUUUAAGAGAGCAACAGUGAACAUUAAAAAAGCUAUAGCAGUUUCACUUUUUGUAAUAAACUGCAUGAUGUGGUAGCUAUGACUGUCCAUUCAGCACCUCUGUGCACAGUUCUUGAUUCAGUUGCUUUAUCUAUUGGUCUUCUUAAGAAAGCACCUGUGCAAGUUUUUCUUUUCAUCACUUUACCUCACCAUUGCAAAUAAAAUGAUUUAAUGUUUUUUAAAAAAAUUAAAAUCUAGAGAUAGCCUAAAAUUUACCUUUUAUUUUUAUAUAUGGUAUUUAUGAUUUAGCUUGCUUAAAAAGUCUGAAAAUAUCCCUCUUCUCAGUUUUCUUUGAAAACAAUAAUCAGAUAUUUCUUGUGAGACUGACAUGACUUUAGAGAAUUAGGAAAAUAAGAAUUAAGACUUUUUUAUUCUGUUGUCAAAAUUACUCAUAAAGCUAUCAAUAGAGAAAAUCGCUUGUAAUUUUCACCUUUUGGAACAAACUAUUUAUGAGGCACAUACUAAGAGGCAGACUAUGUUAGGAUGAAGGCUAUAUUAUCAUUGAGGCUGGGCUUCCUGCCUUACUGUACCAGAGUAACACAUGUAUCCAUAAUGCACCUUUGGUAUAAAUUCUGAAAUAAAUUUCCUUUUUAUGCACUUUAA